AUGGGAAAUAAUGGGAGAUCUGGUCUCCUCCUCCUCUCUCCUCUCUGCUGCUGUCGUUGGGGACGUGGUACUUCGCGCUUCGUACGACCAACGGAGAGAGGCAUACCCCUUCGACGCACGUGCCGGAAGCCUGCAGCUGCGGACAAGAUGCCGCAGCGCCUCCCGAAGCGAGUAUCCCCGGGCUGCUCCUUCACCAACAAGGCUGUCUGCGUCGUCUACACCACGCUUGCUAUUCACGCGACUUCCGGCGCUGCGUCGCUGGCUUUCUUGCCUCCGAUAACGAACCGGUCUUUGGACUACGCUCAUCAUCACCACCGCUCCACAAGCAACAACAAUGACAUCAACAGCAACGUUGGCCCGGGCGUAGACGCAGGCGGCGGCCGUCACCGUUUAUCCGUACAGCUGCGGCACGGACGCGAUAUCGGUUCAUCCUUGUUUUCUCGUCUGAAAGCAGCGGCGUCAUCAUCGCCUUCAGAUGGGAAUUUCAGAAAAGGUGGUGGUUGUAGCGGCGGCGGCAGCAGCAAUGAGGGUGGAAGGGGAAGUGGAGGGGGCGCCCGCACCUUGAAGUGUUCCGCAACGGCAGCGGCAGCGGAUGUUGCUAGGGAACGGGACCCUUUCGUUUUGGAGGGGGUGCAGAACAUCAGGGACCUGAGUUCGGUGGAAGGGUACGGUAUCGUUGCGGGGCGCGUUUUUCGCACGGGGCACUUGUCCGCUGCGACGGAGAGGGACGCAAAGACACUCAGAGACAGCACCGGCUUGCGAACUCUGGUGGACCUCCGAAGCGCGACCGAGCUGGGUCACGACGAGCUGAUCCACGGCGAUGUCUACGAGGGGUUCGUCAACGUCGGAGGGGGUGACCACAGUGGCACGGGGGUGUCGCAGGGGCCCGCGUGGGACGAGGCGAUCCAAGGGGAAAGCAACGACGCCCUACCGGUACAAGGCAAAGUAGGGGGAGCAUCAGCAGGAGCGGGGGGAGCGGAGGAGGGGGUGGUUGUGGAGGGACAUAACGGCGGGGGAUCAGAGAAGAAGAGGAGAUACUUCGUCUCUCUGAUCGAUGAGAGCAUCUACAAGAAGGGGGUCUUCCAGAGAUUGCGCAGGCGGCACAAGGCAGCAGUUCUGGCGCUCGCCCCAGCAACGAUGGUAUCCCGUCGUUGCACGCAGAAGGCGCGCGGCAUAUUUUUGCGAGAGAUCAACGCCGGCGGCUUGGUGCUCCUCAACGAGUUGCUCCUGCAGUACUCGGGGGACGGGAUUAACCGCGUGCUGCGUCUGCUGGCGUCGAAGGAACACCAUCCCGUUGCCCUGUACUGCACCGCAGGGAAGGACCGCACGGGGCUGGUGGUAGCGUUAACGCUGGCCGUUCUCGGCGUGCCGGAUGAGGCGAUUGUGGAUGACUACGCUAAGUCUGACAGUGCCUACAAGCAGCUCGCCGACAGAGAUGCCAUGGUUGGAGCGCUUGCGCAGCAAGACUUGGAUCCAGACACAUUUUUGGGUGCUCCGCCCCACGUCAUGGAGGGGGUCCUGCGCUUCAUUCGGGUGAAGUACGGGUCGAUCGACGACUACCUCGACUCCAUCGGGUUUGACGCCGAGUGGAGAACGCGGCUGCGCAGCGCACUCUUGUCCUAGUAAGCAGUACUUUCGUUACCGGAUCGGGCGGUAUGAACGGAGGUUGAGAGAGAUGCUCGCCAAGUGCCUCACUCCCUCUAUUCCCUGCUUCUUCAUUGUCUUCAUCGCUAGCGUGUUGUGCUCUCCAACGGGGUUGCGGAUUGUGCGUAGACAAGAUGUGCGCUCCAACAGCGCGCGAAGGUAUCUACGUGCCGAAUUUUGUCAAAUGCCACUACCGUACCAAGCGUGUUUCCAACGAUCACGAAGCGCGACGGUUCCGAUUGAGUUGAUGCCCGCUUGAACGUAGCGUUUGCCACUACUGGCAUCAGCAGACCCGCUUGGGAAACCUGAAGACGUGUAUUUGUGCGGCGCGAUGGGGCAAUACCCUGCCCCCCCCUCCACCCCCUCCUGUCAACCGGUGGGUUUGGUUUUGAGGUUUAGUCGUCACCCGGGUAUUUUUGGUACGGUCGUGGUGGUUUUGUGGUCUCAAAAAGGGAUACACAAGUUUCAGUGGUUCCCCGUAUUGCAGACUUUUUGUUGUGUUCUUCUACACACUUUUGCUUGGCAGUCUAGGCUGCCGUCGAUGUGAACUGCCUGAAACCGCAACGCAGUAAUUUUACGAGCAUGCGGAAACUUGAGGCCGAGCGCAAAUCCUCCAUUCGUAUUGAGUUGAUCCGCUGAGUGUACAUAUGUAUUGGGACGGGGACAUCGGGGGGUCUCUUUGCUUUUCCCAUUAUUUUGUUGGAACAAUUGCUGCAGUGUUCAAGGCGGGGGGGUGCCUAGGAGGAUGCCGGCCUAAAUAGUGAAACGCCUCCUUCCUGGGUACGAGAACAAAAGUACGGCGUGAAGGGUGGCACAACGCCUCAUUGGUCUUCACGAGGGGUGUAUAUACAUCGAUAUGACUAUUCUGUGCAAGAGAUCACCAUUGGAACAUGUUGAUGUUUCUAAUCUUCGAUUGGUUUUAGGGAGUACGUAUCGUCUUGACUCCCUAUGCGUAACCCUUG